AUGUCCGACACCCUCAAGACUAGGAAACAUGCCAAACAAACCAAUCACACAUUCAGCCUUGUACUGAGCCCCAUUCAGCGUUGCCAGGGCAUCCCAGUCCGUCUCUGUCGAGUCUGCAAAUCCCGCCAUUUUGACACAUUUUCGUCUCUAAAUCGAGGCGUCGCCACCUGGCAACCUGUUUUGUGCGGUCGUGCCGGAGACAAAGCCUUUUGUAUGCACAUUUUUUCGGAGACCGGCUCAAAGACGGAUGAGCCAAAAGAGGUGGAAAAGGUGAAACGGUUGAACUACGUACCGAGGAUGAGGCUGCACAGCUCCUCGAAGGCGAUCAGUAGGGCGAAACAGCAAAAAGCCAGAUGA